UUUUACGUAAAUGCAUCUGAAAUUUGAACGCUAAAAGUUUAUUGAGCGGAACUACUGCAUUUCGACUUUGUGAGGAUAUCAUAAAACAAAUUCAGAGAGUUGAAGGUGUCAGUCUGCCAUUCAAUGACGCCCGUGCACUUAGCUCUCCUGUGCUUUGCACUACUUUGCGUUUGCUUGGCACCUGUAACACCAAAGGCACCAGAAUCCAGUCCAUCCAGUAAUCGUCCGUGGGCGCCGGCUCUUUACGAUGCACUUCAUGCCAGAGACUCAGUCGUGUCUUCUUUGAAGAACCUUGAGAGAAAAGUCACAGUUAAUAAGAUGCGUAGGGUAAUGAGGAGCUUAGAUCAGCUUGUCACCAAAAUUGAUGGCCUGAACAGUCUUGAUACGUCUAAGAUAGAGGGAGACAUCACUUUAAUGGGGAAAUUGAUACACUACAGCACAUAUUCCAUUGGCCAAAGGCUGUUCCGAAGCGAUUACUUAGUAAAGGAUUAUAAAAAAGAGAUGGCAAAAAUGCUGAAAGCGUUUCAAGGUCAUCACAACUUUCGCUGCCUUCAAGCGUUAUGGUCGCCUCCUGAAAGCUUACAGGGAUUUGAUUUCCCAAUAAAGUACAUGUGUUUUCAAGURGAACGCAAGCUUUUACGACCCCAAUCACUUUCAUUCUCUACCGACAAGAUUUGCCAUAAUGUGAAGCAAUGUAGCGCGGGAGGAAACUCAGGUCCAGAGAAAACGCACCCUUAUGAUAAGAAUAUCCGCAAGGUGAUGACAAACGUUCAUGAMGCAUGUCAAGAAGAUAACAAAUGUGAUGUGGCGAAAGCAAUUUCUAUGAUGGGAGGUCUUCUGUGGUACAAGACAAACAAGUUCAUGGCACGAAGUCUUUGCCAGAAUUAUUUAAAAAAGGAACAUCCCCAGAACACUGAAGUUUAUAACCAGAACACACUAACAGCUGAGCUCAACGGAAUAAAAGAGAUGGCUAGAUUGGUUAUGGCGUAUGCAAGUACUCUAAAUUGGGAGCUGUUUUUUCAAGAAGCAAUACAAAGAAGAGCUUUUUCAAACCUAGAGGUGGGCCUUGGUCUUAUAAAGGAGUACGAAAAGUCUUUUUCCUCGUCUCCAGCCGCCUGCUAUGAGUUAAAGGCUGAUGAUGUUUGUAUCUAUGGUAACAUCAACAUCGAAUAUCAGUCAAUAAGAAAAACACAGAAUUACCGCCUCAAUCCUGGAAAGACUAGAAACCUGAGACUUUUUCAAAGAACAGAUCAUGGAAAAAUGGUGGAGCUAAAGCAAGGCUCAUUAGAUUAUUUUCAAAUACUUGGAAACAUCAGAUCAGUUGACGAAAAUCUUGGUGAAGCCACCAAUGGGAUUAAAAACUACCUUGCUAAACUCGCAGAGUACGAUCAAGGCAUUGCUGAUCAGGAUGUCAUAUUCUUGAAAGAUAAAUUGGAUAACUUUGAUACCGAAUCUAGCAAAAUGAUGGAGAAGUUUAAGAAGGGCAUAAAAGGUGUAUUUAUCGCUGCAACGACCAUUGCUUCUCUUCAGCUGGUUGAUGAGAUCGAUACACUUGUUAGUCAAAUAGCAGAAUAUGCAAACCCAGCAAAGGCCAUCUUUGGCGGAGUGGACAUAGGAGAAAUGCUGGAGCAAGCAGGAGAAAUAGCUCAUGCAACGGCAGAUGUUGCAAUUGUUAGUCGUAUGUUCAAUACACUAAGUGAUUCUUUUAACAACAGCUAUGAUCUUACCAAGAAACUUAAGAACAAUUUAGACCAAAUUGAAAAUCUACAGAAAAUGGUAAAUUCUAUUAAAAAUAAUACAAUGGAUGAAAUUGGAGCUGACGCCGCCAAGUUUGUGGAAGCGUAUGGUGGUUACACGCCACGUGUUGAUAGUUCUGAUCUAGCAGGGAACGACGCGUUAUGGGGUGCAUUCAAGGAGACGGCAUGUGAGGUACUUUACAAUGCUGAUGGUCUUGUGGCAGCUGCUGCUCGAACGCCCAUUUCAGGAAUGCUAAUGUGCGAAAGGCUAGAAGGUACUCUUGCUGAAUAUUUUACACUUCGCGAAAACAUAUUUGAUUUUCAAUUUGAUCUGGUUGAUUCUAUUGCUCGCGUUGUGCGUGGAAAUAUAGCCAAGAAGUUGGCAGAGUCAAUAAAAACAGCUAACGCGCCUUUAGAGACCAGCCAGCUCCUGCUUGGCUACUUCAUGACACAAAAUCGACUUCAAUCGUCUGCAUCACUUUAUUGCGACAAAUUAGAAUACCUAAAUCAAGGAGAAAAGGUCCCCAUAUGUUCCCCAAGGAUUGGACUAUUCUCAAGGAGGAACUUAGACGAUCUGAUUGCCUAUAAACCGGAUACAACUUAUCAUCUUGACGAAAGAUUUGUGUAUAUACCAACAAGAGCACAGUUUAAUGGCGAUACGGGAUUCAUAAAUUGGCAGACAUUGAAGAAUGGGGAAACUGUCACUUUCCGUCUAACAGCAAACCAAACCUGGCUGCGUAGGUUUAAUUGGCUCUCUAAGAACGAUGAAAACGUUGCCCCUUUUGUCCAGAGUUUUAAACUGUACCUUCCACGCAAGACGUACGACGCGUCUGGCAGUCCGACGACGUACUCGAAAACACGCGUUCGUUUGACCUCUUUUGCCAGUAGCGCAGUAGGGAACGGCGACGUAUCGUACAAUCUACCUCUUGAACAUAGUCAGUACUUAACCGCUUACAGCGAAGGCUUUAACCCAUCACGUUGUCCUAGUGGAGGGAACAUUGCCAACCCUUACAGCUUGUGCGAUAAUCUCCCCAACAUAUGUGAUACAACAACAAGGGUAGUUGGCACAAGUCUAAUGCCAACUAUCUUAUCCACCUGGAAACUGGAUUACCUCAUGGAGACGAGCACAACUCAAACAUUGUCUUGGGAUGCCCCAGAUCCUGCUACUAACUUGUUGGUGAUUGCCAAGGUGAAGCUACGUUUUCCUUCAUUUCAGAAUAGCAAACGCAGCAAAUUGCCUUCCAUGGACACGCCCGCAAAACCUGGCUGUUGUACCGGAAAUGAUUAUCGUCAAAAUUGGUAUGAAAAUAAAUGCAUUCCUUGUCCGCUUAAACCAGCUAUCGGUAAAGAUUCCAUAAUGAAUCUUGGAGGCUACUAUUGCGAAAAGGGACAAGAAUGACCAACCAUACAGCUCAAAAUCAAUCUUACAAAGGACAAGCGAGAAAAAGAACUGAUCAACUAAAGUACCUUAAAUACGAAAACUGAACAAUGGUAAUGGCAUGCUUAGAGCAUGUAUUGCAUGUUUAGCACAUUGCCACUCAAAAUAAGUAUAGUAUGAUCAUUAUGCAGACAGUGGUCUUGCAUGUGAAAAACGCAAAAUAACUAUAUUAAAGCAACUUAAUUGAAAAAGAAAUAUCUGGUCUGUAUUUAUUGCCCGAUUAAGUUAGCCUAUUAAAGGGUGCCAGAAUAUGUUCUAUAACUGCUAUAAGAUCGACACGACAGUUGCUUAAUAUAUCCAACUUAAGAUAGUUGAUAAUAAAUAAA